AUGGUUGCAAUGAACGAAAAUUCCAGUAACUCCACUCUAAGCAGCUUACAUCAUUUAUACUUUCAGUUGUAUGACCAUUUCUUCAUUUGGAGGACACUCAUUGUAAUCUUCCUGGGCCUUUCAGCUCUUGCUGGUUUUGUAGUUGUGUUGGUAACACAUUUUAUGGAACCACGACUGGCCCAACCUAUAAAAGAGUGGAAAUUGUGCACUUCUUGUCUUCGAGAAAGGAUGGCAUCUGUUGGCCUAAUGGUAAGCCAGUUGAGGUGUUUUGCUAAAACAGCAAUUCUGCAUCGAGGCUUCUUCUCUCAACUGAUGACAAACAGUGUACGAGCUCUUUCCUGCACAUGCCCUUCAACAAAAUCUUUUGUCAUCAACAGUAAUGAUGAAUUUGAAAAGAAAGUCAUGAACAGUAAAGAUCCUGUCAUUGUCAACUUCCACGCAGACUGGUGUGAGCCUUGCAAAAUUCUCACUCCACGUCUGGAGAAACUGGUUAGUCCUCUAGAGAACGUACAUCUUGCUGUUAUUGAUGUGGAAAAAAAUGUUGAGUUAGUUCAUACAUUUGAAGUCAAAGCUGUACCUGCCGUUAUAGCUGUUCGAAAUGGACAGGUUGAAGAUAAAUUCAUUGGUUUGGUUGAUGCUGAUAUGAUUGAUAAUUUGAUCAACAAGCUUAUAAAAAAGCCUGCUGAUAGCCAACAAGAAAAUUAG